CCCAUAAAUUACAAUGAUAUAUACAGUGGAACCUCAGUUUUUGAGAAUCUCGGAAAUCGGAACAUUUCGGCUUUCAAAUGCCGAAAACCCAGAGGUAACCUCCAGUUUUCAAAUGAUUUUCGGAAGCUGAACGUGCCAUGCGACUUCCGUUUUGAGUUUCCCUAUGGUAUUGAGGCUUCCGUAUUGAGUUUUUGAACGUUUCAGAAGUCGAACAGUCUUCUGGAAUGGAUUAUGUUCAAAAUUCAAGGUUCCACUAUGUGUGUGUGUGUACAGGAAAGAGUUUUUCAUUUCUGUUUAGAUCAGGGGUCAGCAAUGUGUGGCCCAUGAAGACCGUUUUACCAGCCCACGAACCACCCCUGAACCGAGCCACCCGCUCGGUGAGUUCCCCGCAUGCUGCGCUAAAGCAGCACGGCGUGGGGACUCACCAAGUGGUGUCAGAAAUUGCAUCUGCGCAUGCACAGAUACUGGAAAACGUGUCUGCACAUGUCCAGAUGCCGAAAAUCGCUUCUGUGCAGGCGGGAUUUUCGGCGUCUAGGCUUGCACAGAAGCAAUUUCUGGCGCUGCGGACAUGCACAGAUGCGCUAUCUGGCGUCGCGCUAUGCCAGUCCGGCGCACGGGUGAUCUCCGUGGGAGUGAUCCAGCCCAUGGCCGGUAAACCUUGCCGACCCCUGGUUUAGAUCAACUAUCUGUGCAUCUUUCAAUUAGUAAUGUAAUACCCUUACUAGGACUGAGCCGCCAUUGAUGUUUCCCAGAACGGAGCACCCGUCUAGAUGUUAAACAGAAGACGGGGUUGAAGAGAUGAAGAUUGUUGGUAAAAGGCAGAACAGACAACCAACUGUCUUACAGUUACCUAUGUCCAAAAAAUUAUUUGCCUUAAAUGCUUGGCCGCAUGAGGAGACAUGGCAUGGGCAGUGCUACUCCAGGGCCCGGCUGCCACCGCCCUCCGGGAGCUGUUCCUGGGCCCGAUAACAGCUGCUGCUUCCUGUCAGCAGCAGUGUGGCUUGCCAGAGCGCAUGAGUCCCGCUCCCUGUGGAGCACAAGAGCAGGCAGCACAGUGUGAUGUGCUUCCCCAGCAACGCACUGCACUCUGCUGUUGGCCAUGUGCGGCUUGGUCGCCUCACUGGCAGCAUUCACGAUGGUCGUGGCAGGGUGGGCGCAGGAGCUGCCGGAGCCGCCAAAGUCACCGGAGCCAGUGCGGCAAGAGUCCCAGACCUAUGCUCAGUAUAGCCGCUUUGCAGAAGGCAUGAUGAGGCAGUUGUACAUGUGAUCCAAAUUAAAUCAGUGCAAUCAUUUUUCAUAAUGAGUACCUUAAGUAGUUACUUUGUUCCACUGAGUCAAAAAAGGAAGGCUGAAGAAGAAGCAGAAAUUGUUGAAUCAACUUCUGAUCCUUUCAAACAUCACAAAACUAACACCGAAGAUACAUGUGGUCAAGAGGAUGGAAGUUCAGGCAAAGAUUGGCCCGAAUGUUGGACACUAUUGCAGAAAAAUGACUUCUGUCAGAGAAAUGAGUGGCUCUUUGUCAACAAUAAAAGGUUGGGCUGCAAAGUGUGCCGAGAUGUCGGAAGUCUUCCUGUCGAAAAACGGAUGGGAAUGAAAAUUUCAGUAGAGUGGGCCAAUUGCAAAAUUAGUCAUUUUGGAGAGUCUCGAAAACAACAGUUAAUGUCUUUAAGAAAAAAGAUUUUCGAACACAAGGAAAGUGGUGCUCACAAAGCAGCUGAAAGGAUAAAAUCUGAGUCUAAAAAUGAAAAGUUAGAUAAAGUCAUCUUAAACACAAUAAAAGUGUUUCGAACCGCUUACAAAGUUGCAAAGAAAAAUCAAGCAUUUAACAACUUUGAGGAUGAAAUAAAUUUACAGGAACUUAAUGGCCUAGACAUGGGAUAUGCCUUUCACUCUACAAAUGCCUGCAUUAAUAUUUUAAACCAUAUUGCAGAUGAAAUGAGAAAAACAUUAAUAAGCAACAUAGUGAACUCUAAGAACAAAAUAUCCUUAAUUAUUGAUGAAUCAACAACAGUGAAUAACAGAAUAACUUUGAUUGUUAGUAUUCGUGUAGUUCUUCCCAAACAUUUGGCUCCAGUAAGUCUUUUCCUAGAUUUGAUUGAGUUACAAGAUACAACAGCAAGAGGAAUUUUAAGCUCAUUAAUCAGUCAUCUUGAGUCCCUAGGAAUCUCAGAAGAUUAUUUAAAGGAGUAUUUAUUGUCUGUCACUUGUGAUGGUGCUGCAGUGUUGUUUGGCGCACAUGGUGGUGUAAAAAGGUUAAUAAAAGAAAAAUUUCCGAGUGUCGUCUUCUGGCGUUGUGCUAACCAUCGUCUGGAAUUGUCUGUCAGUGACGCAGUGAACAAAGUGGUUGGAGUUAAUCACUUUAAGAAUUUUAUGGACAAACUCUAUGUGACUUACCACGCUUCACCCGAGAAUGCUAGGGAAUUGGAGGAAUGUGCAGCAACUCUAGAACUUCAGCUUCUGAAAAUUGGAAGGAUUUUAAGCACUCGCUGGGUUGCUUCUAGCUUUUGCACAGUUUUCGCAGUUUGGCAAGAUUAUGAAGCACUGGUUUAUCACUUUCAGGAGGCAAAAGAAGACAGGAGAAGAAGCAAAACAGAUCGCUGUCUUUAUGAGGGUCUUUUACGGACAGUAACGUCAUGUGAAUUUGUUCUCGAUUUGGGUCUUAUGUGUGAUGCUCUCCAAGUUCUCAGUGAACUAAGCUUGGAUUUACAAGAGCGAAAUAUUGAUUUGUUUACAGCAGACAGGAAGAUAAAGAACACAGUUCAACUUUUUGAAGAACGAAUUGAAAAUCCUGGUCCAUACUAUAAUAUUGCUCUUCAAAGUCAGAAGACCAUGAAGUUCAAAGGGAGUGAGCUCCACAAAAAUGAAAAACUUGCCCCUACAAUAAGUUCAUCUGCUUUCUAUGAAAGUCUGAAAGAAACUGUUAGAAAGUGUAUACUUGAAGGAGAUGAUGCUGAUUUGCCUGAAUGUGCCAAGGUUUUAGAUUCCAAAUAUUGGCCAGAAAAUCCUGGAAAGCAAUUAACCUUUGGUGAAACUGAAAUUAGAAAACUAGCACAAAAGUUUUGCUUAAAUGAAAAGGAAACAAUUCUUGGCUUUCAUGAAUAUCUUGAAGAAAAUGAAGUCCCAGACAAAUUACUUCCUCUAAUGCACGCUUUAAGCACAAUUGCAAUAUCUUCGACUGAAUGUGAAAGAGCAUUAUCUCAGAUGAAUCUUACAGUAACUUCAUCAAGAUCAUCUCUGGUUAUUCGGACAGUUUCUUCUCUGAUGUUCAUCAGGAUGGUAGGACCACCUCUUACUCAAUUCAAUCCUGCCAAAUAUGUUGAAUCAUGGCUGCUACAAGGACAUCAUAAUGCAGUUGAUACAAAAAGCAGGAAGCGAUCUAGAGAAGAUGAGGGUACAUCGGAGGAUGUAUCAAAAGUGUGGCACUUACUCUAACAACUUCAUGCAAGCCACGUGUUGACAAUGGCAUCUGGCGAUGACAAUGGCAAGAAAGUGACUCCUGUGCUCAGAAUAAGUCAGCUUGAUGCCCUCGAACUGAACAAAGCAUU